UAUAUCAGCUUUAAUGGAAACCAUGUCACCCAAGCAGGAGAAUUCUGGUCAGAGUCGGUCUGCAUCUUUGACAGGAGAAGCCAAGAUCUGUUCCUUACCUGAGAACAAAAAGAAAAUGAAAACGCUGCGACGGCAGUCCGCCCCUUCCCUGGUCAUCAGCAAGGCACUCACCAAAUCCAGGACCCUAUCCAGGGAGAACUGCCUGUCGCCCGUCAGCCCGGAGUCGUGUCCCCUGGUCCAGUCGUUUCUGACCCCGUCUCGGACGUUCGUCACACACGGCCAUGCCCAGCUGAAGACUGGCCUGCAGACGCAGGAGCGCUGCCUCUUCCUCUUUGACGAUAUCCUCCUCAUCGCCAAAGCCAAGUCCUCCACGCACUUCAAGCUGAAGGCCCAGGUGCGUGUGUGUGAGGUGUGGACGGCCAGCUGUGUGGAGGAGGUGUGUGAGGGCAGCAUGCACCCAGAGAGGAGCUUCGUCAUGGGCUGGCCCACCUGCAACUGCGUGGCAACCUUCAGUUCGGUGGAACAGAAAGAGAGGUGGCUCUCCUUCAUAAAAAGCCGAAUAAAAGAAGAGCGAGAAAAAGAAGAACCCAAAACGAUCGCUCUCAGAAUAUUCGCGAAGGACGCCAAGACCCUGACGGUCAGCCAAUCAGACUGCACUACAGAGGUCAUCGCCAUUGCACUGCGGCAGUUUGGGGUUGUGGGCUGUGUGAAAGACUACCAGCUGUGGGUGAGCUCCCGAAAGGAUGACCCUCCCUACCCUCUCAUCGGGCACGAGUUCCCCUUCAGCAUCAAAAUGAGCCACAUCCGGGGGAAGGCCUCACAGACGGGGAGAGCCAAGGAGCCGCUCAGCCCUCGGGACCUGCUGGAGCAGCCUCCUCUGGACUCUCAGUGCCAGUUCAUCCUGAAGCCCAGCCGCGUGGCCCUGGAGCAGGCCAUACUGGAGCCAGCGCAGAAGCCCCUGCGGAGGAAACGCUCCCUUAUAAACUGGGCCUUCUGGCGCGGGUCCAGCCCCCAGCUGGACUGCCCGCCCCCCUCGCCCACGUCGCCCGCCUCGGGGCGUCUCUUCGGCCUGCCGCUGACCGCCGUGUGCCAGGGCGACGCCCUCCCCAAACCGGUGAUGGAUAUGUUGGCGUUUCUCUUCCGGGAGGGCCCGUUCACCCGCGGAAUAUUCCGGCGCUCAGCGAGUGCGAAGGCCUGCCGUGAGAUGAAGGAGCGGCUGAACACUGGGACCGAAACCCUCCCUCUCACCUGCGAGACCAUCUUCGUCACCGCCGCCGUCUUCAAGGACUUCCUGAGGCACAUCCCAGGCAGCCUGCUGUCCCAGGACCUCUAUGAGCAGUGGGUGGGGCUGGCGGGUGACUGCGAGGAGGACAAGGUGCAGGCAGUCCAGAGGUUGGUGCAGAGCCUGCCGCGGGAGAACCAGUCGCUCCUGAGGCACAUGCUGGCUGUGCUGCACUGCAUCCAGCGCCACGCUCAGGACAACCAGAUGAACAGCUUCAACCUCUCCGUCUGCAUCGCUCCCAGCAUGCUCUGGGCUCCCGCCCCCUGCAGCCCGGACGUGGAGAGUGAAGGCACCAAGAAGGUGUCCGAGGUGGUCCGCUUCAUGAUUGAACACUGCUGUGAGGUGCUGGGAGAUGAUGUCACUUCCUUGUUUGGUGGAUUCCCACAUAAGGGCAGCAGCCACAUAUCUGAUGUGUCCACCGUCCAGCUGAACGACUCGUCCUAUGACAGUCUGGAGAACGAGUUGAACGAGGACACCGAGUCGCCCUUCCAGGACUUGCGGGGCUGCAAGGACAAGCAGGAGAACAGGAGCCGUGACUCCGUCAUCACCCUGAGCGACUGCGACCUGGACCAGCCCGACCCCGACCAUGACCCUGACCCCGUGCCCCAUACACCCGUCCGCCGACAGGCGGUCAACCCCAGGAAGUUCACCCAGUCCGGGCACCAGCCCGACCCUCCUUCCGAGCAGGACGCCCGGGCUUGCCAGGGGGGCCGCUGGCUCCGGCGAUGUUCUGAACCCGCCAUCCGGCACCCCGCCUCCAGCCUGGUGCCAAACCUCGGGCAGCACAACAUGGCGGUCCGCAAAACCAGCUACGACGGUGUGAUGUGCGGCGGACAAGGCGAGGGUGAUGUUUUUGUGCAAUGCCUGGGUGACUCACUUACCCGGGCCGGGCAAACGGGUCCAGGGGACGGGGGCAGGGAGGUCGAGCCGGACAAGCGGACUUUGCGGGACGUCCUGCGGCGGAAACACAAGCUCCCCUCGCCGCUGCGUCUGGACGUCAGCUGCUCCAGCCUGUCCUCCCCCGCCACGUCCCCCUCAGGCUCAUCCAUGAGCUCGCUGGACAGCGCCUUCUCCCAGUGCUCCAUGGACUGCACGGCCCCUGCCCCCGUCGAGCCCUCGGGUGCUCGGGGGACCUCCUCCCCCAAAACCCCUGCCCCAACUUCCCCUCGUUCCCCUGUCACCACCUCUCCGCUCUCCCAUGGCAACGCCAUCACCCCUAGUUCAGCCCCCAGGGAGCCCUGCGAGUGGGGCCAACACAAGAUCGCCCAUGGCCUGCACCCCAACACGUGGCUGAAGAGGGACCGGCGACUGUCGCUACGGCAGCAGGACAUGACUGGCUGGGAUGAGGAAGAACCUUGGGAGCUGGGCAAUGGGCAGAACAACAAGUCCCUCCCCUCCAAUGGGUUGUCACUGAGCAAUGACAGGAAAGCCCAUGGACUUGGAGAACCUUCUAGGAAGAGGGCCAACAGCCCUCCCUCCUACCAACAAGCCAUGCUGCAAAUGCAGGACCCCAGGUCCCCCGUCUGCAAGGCCACAGAUAAAGUGCUGACCGUGAAGGAACUGAGGCAGCUGCAUGACCAGGCGUCGGCAAGGAGCGCAGGAAGUGACGUCACUCAGAAGAACGCGUCGUCGGUAAGAGGCGGUCUGCCCCAGUCAGUGUUCUUUGGACAAGCCUCCUCCAGCUUGACUCUCCAGAGGCAAAAUUCCCACUCCCUCAUCCCAGCCAAGGAAGGUUCAAACAGGACCUCCAGCAUGGGCCGGCGGGCGUCGGAACCCUCGGUAGGCCGCUGCGUUUUGCGCCGGAUCUCCACCCCUGACCUAGAGAGCCUGCACAAGCAGGUACUGGGCCAGGACGGCAAGGCCUCGCUGGGCAGGAGCCCCCAGGACUCUGGGCCGCUGGAGCCUCUCCGCAGCAGCCAGGGGCUGGGCCCGGAGCCCAGGUUCUGCCAGGCCGUGAGGGACUACUUCUCGCACACCCACACAGACCCCGAUUCCUGCUGCAGAAGCACACAGGAGGUGGCCUCGGCCAUUGUCCAGACCAAGCGGGAGUGGCAGAGCAGGAGGUGCAGCGACCCCAGGUUCGACGACUUCGACCAAAUGCUUUUCGCUGAAGAGUCUUACGUGUGAGAAGAGGAUCAUUUCCAAAAUGGACUUGCUGUCGAGUCUACUUCCUGGUUCUCUGGCAGCCAGCUGUACAUUGUGUACAGUGCUGUCCACACCAUCCUGCCCCACCCAGACCUUGAAAAGCACUCUGGACUGAAACAACGAUUCUCAAACACGCAGUCCUAAAUCUUCCUCACAUAAGGGUCUCUUACACACACAGACACACCAUGAAACUAUUUUCCUUUUUGUGUCCACACUAAUGCACCUUCUAGGAACAAAGACGCUACCCACCCAAACCAACAGCUUGCAUUUACACUACAGUAUAUAGCAGUCACAGCUGUAUAGUGUAUUGUACAGGGUCCAUUUCUUGUAAAAAAUAUAUUAACUAGCAAUGGAACUAGCAGAAACGCUGUCUAGAUAUAUAAUGUGCUGUUUCUGUGCAUUUACAUUUACAACUUUACAAAAAUACUGUACUUUACAAAGUACUGAUGUAGCUAAUAGACUGUGCACUAGUUUCUGCUGCAUAAUAAAUGAUAUUAACAGGUGUUAAAGCUAGACUCCAAGCUAGUUGUCGACUUCAGUUGUCAAGUGUGGGAGUAACUGUGUCCAUGUAUGUAUUUUGUAAUAAAAGAUAAGACAAUUACUGUAGGACUUUAAUUCAAGUAAUAAUUUUAGGCCUACUGUAUGUGUACUGUUGUAGGCGUGUGAGAACUGUGAUAUCGGUCUUUUAUCUCUGAUACAGAAUAGCCAGGUGGAGAUUAUACCCCCUUAAAGGUAACCUAUUAUGUGCCAGUGUUUCAUAAAUAUAUUAUAACACACAAGCCACAGUAUACAUCUGUGUGUAUUUGCUAUAGUCAGUUAUCAUUGUCAUUGACAAUAUGCUAUGCUAUUUUUUAUGUUGGCAUUGGCAGUAGUAAAAUUGGCAAAAACCUUUGAAAAUAGAGAUCUUGUAUGAAGGAAAUACUGUUCAUGAGCUAAUGGUAUUUCUUAUUUUGUGUUAGACUUUCUUUGAAAACACACUUAGUGGUUUUAAUACAGCACUAUGUAGCUACUUGGAGCAAUACCCUUUUGAGCAAGUUAAAGAACUGUGCCAUCACCAUAGCUAUCAAAGUGGCAAUCCCGAUUAUAUCCCAAUAAAAAGUGAAUUAGCCUAUUCUCAGCAUUCCAUUUUAGCCAGUAGUUGCUGUCAAUGAAGGACAGCUUAUAGGGAAUGAUUUAAAGGUCCCGGCAGGAAUGUAGGAAUACAAAAAUGUUGCAGCAC